AAAACGUACCUACAGAAUAUGUUUUCAAAUAACCAAGUUUUUUUUUCCUUUUUUAGCCAUCUCUCUUUCUCCCCUCAAUUUUAUAUUAAUAAAAAAAAAAGGAAAUGAGUAGUGAAGUUAACUGUAUUGCAAUCAUAGGAAAACAAAAUAAUCCUUUAUUCAUCAAGAACUUUAGUACUUCUCAUCCCGAUCUUAAAUAUCAUUAUAUAGCGCAUACUUCAAUUGAUGUUAUAGAAGAGAGAGUAUCUAAUGGGUCUAAAAAUCUUGAUUUAUAUUUGGGAUUAUUAUAUGCAAUGGAGGAUUUAGCUGUGUAUGGAUAUAUUACAAAUACUAGAGUGAAACUGAUUGUAGUUGUUUCUGUGACAGAUGGAAUUAUACGUGAUGCAGAUAUGAAAGCGUUAUUUCAUAAAAUACAUUCAGCUUAUGUAUCUAAUGUGUGUAAUCCAUUCUAUAAUAUAGAUUCCCAAAAACCAAUUCAAAGUAAAGCAUUUUCUCAAGCCAUUGAAACAAUCGGCUUGAAUGCAAGAACUACUUUAGAAAUUUAAAAUAAAAAAAAAA